AUGGCCACGGGAGGGGGAGAGGACCCCCCGCUGCAGCCGGACGUCUCCCAUCAGCCCUCCAGGGGGCCUGGCAUGCGGCGCCCGACAGGGAUGGGGGGCGAGGACGACUCCCACGCCUCCCCAUCCCCCCGACACUCCGCCUCGGCCACAGGGGCCCACCUCCUGAACAAGCCCACGCUGCGAGAGCAGAGCGGGGACAUCAUCCUGGAGGAGGCCACGGCCCUGGACCCGCCCAACGGCCGCCAACCGCCGCCCCUGCCGCCGGGGCUGCCGCCCAGCACCUCGCCGGGGCUGGCCCACGUCCCGGAGCGUGCGCACGAUCCCACGCUCCAGGCCUACAUCUCCAGGACCACCAACACGUCGGACUGGGUGGCGCCUGCAGGGCCGGCGAGCAGGGCGCCCCAGGGCUCCGUGGAGGCUCAAGGCGGCGCCUCGCGGUAUGCUCUCGGCCCGGGGCGAUGA